AUGGCGUACGGCGCGCCCUCCCUGACAGAUACCCAGACAAAGUCCCAGUCCAUCUUGAAAAUUUCCACGCGUGAGCACUCCUACGAGCCACCAAGAGCCUAUGUGGAGAAGUGCAACGCUCAGAUUUCUGACAUUGUGGAGCUGGUGCGUGGGAAGCUGUCAGGAGGGGCGAGGAUGACCCUUGGUGGUCUAACUGUUAUAGAUGUUCACGCUCGAGAUGUUGUGGCGAAAUUGGCAGAAGACGGCAUCUCCUCCACAAACGACUUUGCGUGGAUUUCUCAGCUGCGUUACUUCUGGGAGGAUGGAGAAGUGAUGCUGCGCAUGAUCACCACCUGUUUGAAAUAUGGAUAUGAAUAUCUGGGAAAUUCCGGCCGUCUUGUCAUUACACCGCUGACUGACCGCUGCUAUAGAACUCUUAUGGGGGCUUUGAAGCUGUACUUGGGGGGGGCUCCUGAGGGUCCUGCAGGAACUGGCAAGACUGAGACCACCAAAGAUUUGGCAAAAGCUUUGGCUAAACAGUGUGUGGUGUUCAACUGCUCCGAUGGUCUGGACUACAAGGCCAUGAGUAAGUUCUUCAAAGGACUGGCUCAGUCCGGAGCCUGGGCCUGCUUUGAUGAGUUCAAUCGUAUUCCGGUGGAGGUGCUCUCUGUGGUGGCUCAGCAGAUCCUCUGCAUACAACAGGCCAUUGCCAAGGAUCUGAAGACCUUCCUGUUUGAGGGGACAGAGCUGUCCCUCAACCCCACCUGCUCUGUGUUCAUCACCAUGAACCCUGGGUACGCUGGCAGGGCCGAGCUCCCUGACAACCUAAAGGCUCUUUUCCGUACAGUGGCUAUGAUGGUGCCAGACUAUGGUCUCAUUGGAGAAAUCUCACUAUACUCUAUGGGCUUCAUUGAAUCUCGCAGUCUUGCAGGAAAGAUCGUGGCCACCUACCGCCUUUGCUCCGAGCAGCUGUCUUCUCAACACCACUACGACUACGGUAUGCGAGCUGUGAAGUCUGUGCUGACUGCAGCAGGGAAUCUGAAGCUGAAGUACCCCGAGGAGAACGAGAGCGUGCUAUUGCUCAGGGCGCUGAUGGACGUGAACAUGGCCAAGUUUCUGGCCCAGGACGUGCCACUGUUUCAGGGUAUCAUCUCUGAUUUAUUCCCUGGCGUGGUCCUUCCCACACCAGACUAUGAUCUCCUCCUCAAGGCUCUUAACGACAACAUCGCGAAGCUCAACCUGCAGUCUGUCCCAUGGUUCAUUGGCAAAAUCAUCCAGGUGUAUGAGAUGAUGUUGGUACGCCAUGGUUUCAUGAUAGUAGGAGACCCUCUGGGAGGAAAGAGUUGUGCAUAUAAAGUUCUUGCUGCUGCCCUUGGAGACCUUUUUAAAGCCCAACUGAUGGAGGAGUUUGCAGUGCAUUAUAGCAUCAUCAACCCAAAGGCCGUCACUAUGGGCCAGCUGUAUGGCUGCUUUGAUCCAGUCAGCCACGAGUGGUCUGAUGGUGUGCUAGCAACCACCUACAGAGAUCAGGCCAUCUCCACCUCCGAAGAUCGACAGUGGAUCAUCUUUGAUGGGCCCAUUGAUGCUGUCUGGAUUGAGAACAUGAAUACUGUGCUGGAUGACAACAAGAAGCUUUGUUUGAUGAGUGGUGAGAUCAUCCAGAUGAGCAGCAAGAUGAGUCUGAUCUUUGAAACUGCUGACCUGGAGCAAGCCUCUCCGGCUACCGUCAGUAGGUGUGGGAUGAUCUACAUGGAGCCUCAUCAGAUGGGCUGGACUCCUCUCAGAGAUUCCUACAUGAACACACUGCCUGAGAGCCUGAGCACUGAACACAGAACACUGAUCGUGGACCUGUUUGAUUGGCUAGUUCAGCCAUGUCUGAACUUUAUAGAAAGGGAGUGUCGCUUUGUGGUUCAAACAUCUUUCAUUCACCUGGCCUACAGUCUAAUGAAGUUGUACACCUGCCUGAUGGAUGAAAUUGCUGCGUCAGGACCCAAUGGCACCCCGAUGACCAGCCAGCAGAUAACCAUGUGGCUGAUGGGUCUUUUCCUAUUCGCUCUUGUAUGGACGGUGGGUGGGACCAUCUCGGGGGACAGUCGAAAUAAAUUCAGCGUCUUCUACCGCAAUCUGAUCAUGGGCCUGGACGAAAAAAACCCUAAGCCAAAGAGUAUCCCACUCAAGAAGAACAACAUCUUCCCUGAGAGAGGCACUGUCUAUGACUUCUUCUUUCAUAAGGAAGGACAAGGACAGUGGAAAACAUGGACUGAUUCAAUCACAAAGGAAGAAAACAUCAUUCCAGUUUCAGCCAAUGUGUCAGACCUCAUCAUCCCUACCAUGGAGACGGCGCGUCAGCUGUUUUUCCUGCGCACCUACCUGGCACAUGAAAUACCCAUGCUGUUUGUUGGGCCCACUGGCACUGGAAAAUCUGUCAUCAACAAAAGCUUCCUGGUAAAGCUGCCCAAAGAGCAGUACACACCAAACUGUAUCAACUUCUCAGCCCGAACCUCAGCCAAUCAGACCCAAGACAUCAUCAUGGCCAAGCUGGACCGGAGAAGGAAGGGCGUGUUCGGACCUCCUGUGGGGAAGAAGUGUAUCGUCUAUGUUGAUGAUCUGAACAUGCCUACUAAAGAAAUCUACGGUGCCCAACCCCCCAUCGAGCUGUUAAGGCAGUGGGUUGACCAUCGUCACUGGUAUGACAAGAAGGACACCUCCAGGCUAAACAUAGUGGACGUGCUGUUUAUGUCCGCAAUGGGACCUCCUGGUGGUGGGAAAAAUGACAUAUCAGGCCGCCUCACCCGCCACUUGAACGUCAUCUCAAUUGAUUCCUUUGAUGAUGAAACACUGACCAAGAUCUUCACCUCCAUUACUGACUGGCACUUCAGCAAAGGCUUUGAUGCUUCUUUCUGCAGGCUAGGCAAGAUCAUGGUCCAGGCCACCAUGGCGGUCUAUAAGGACACCAUGGACAGCUUCCUCCCAACACCGUCCAAGUCCCAUUACAUCUUCAACCUACGGGACUUUGCUCGAGUGAUACGGGGUGUGCUGCUGGCUCCACACACACACAUGCAGGAUGGAGACAAACUGAUCCGUCUUUGGAUCCAUGAAGUUUAUCGUGUUUUCUAUGACCGGCUCAUUGACAACGAAGGCAAGGAGACCUUCUUUGGCAUCGUCAAAGAGAGAACAUCAAACUUUUUUAAGCUGAGUGUGGAAAAGCUCCUGAGCCAUCUUAGCCCAGAUGGCAAAGUAGCAGAUGAGAGCAUACGCAGCUUGUUCUUCGGUGACUAUGCCAAGCCUGAUGCUGACAUUAAGGCAUAUGAUGAAAUCACAGAUAUGGCUGCUUUACAAGAAGUGAUGGAGUUCUACCUGGAUGAGUUCAACAACUGCAGCAAGGCACCAAUGUCCUUAGUCAUGUUCAAAUUUGCCAUUGAGCACAUUUCCCGUAUCUGCCGUGUGCUGAAACAAGACAAUGGCCACCUUCUGCUCGUGGGCAUCGGGGGCUCGGGGCGUCAGAGCACCACCAAGCUGGGCACCUUCAUCAAUGACUAUGUCCUGUUCCAGAUUGAGUUGACCAAGAGCUACAGCAUGUCCGACUGGCGUGACGACCUGAAGAAGAUUAUGCUUAAAGCAGGCAUCGAAGGGAGGAGCCUGGUGUUCCUGUUCAACGACAGCCAAAUUAAGGAUGAGGCCAUGUUAGAAGACAUUGACAUGCUGCUUAACACUGGGGAUGUGCCGAACAUGUUUGCUGCUGAUGAACGUGCUGAAAUCAUUGAUAAAGCGCAGGGAAUCGCCCGACUCGAGGGCAAAAAGAUUGAUGCCACUCCGCUCUCUAUGUACAACUUCUUCAUUGACCGUGUGAAGGUCAACCUCCACAUUGUGCUUGCUAUGAGUCCUAUUGGUGAUGCAUUUAGGAACCGUCUUAGGAUGUUCCCCUCCCUCAUCAACUGCUGCACUAUUGACUGGUUCCUCGCAUGGCCAAAUGAUGCACUAGAAAUGGUGGCCCACAAAUUCCUGGAGGAUGUAGAAAUGGACAUGGAUAUUAGAAUGGAGGUGGUCGAGAUGUGCAAGACCUUCCAAACAAGUGUCGGAGAAAUGUCUUUAAGGUACUUUUCCAGACUGAGGAGACACAACUAUGUCACACCCACCUCCUACCUAGAACUCAUCCUCACCUUCAAGACUCUGCUCAAUGCCAAGAGGAAUGAAGUGAACACCGCCAUGAACCGCUACAUCGUUGGUCUCGAGAAACUGGAGUUUGCUGCGUCUCAGGUGUCAGUGAUGCAGCUGGAGCUCACAGCCCUCCAGCCAGAGCUCAUCAAGACUUCAGCUGAAACCGAUCAGAUGAUGGUUAAGAUAGAGGGGGAAACCGUUGAGGUGGAUGCUAAGAAAGAACUUGUGUCCGCUGAUGAGAAAGUGGCUAACGACGCAGCAGCUGCAGCCCAAGCCAUCAAGGAAGAGUGUGAGGGAGACUUGGCAGAAGCAAUGCCUGCACUUGAGGCGGCCCUGUCAGCCUUGGACACCUUGAAGCCUUCAGACAUUACUGUAAUAAAGUCUAUGCAGAACCCACCGGGUCUAGUCAAACUAGUCAUGGAGUCCAUCUGCAUCAUGAAGGGCAUCAAACCCGAGAGAAAACCAGAUCCUAGUGGCUCAGGUAAGAUGGUUGAGGACUAUUGGGGCCCCUCGAAGAAGCUCCUUGGAGACCUGAAGUUUCUAGAAAGCCUCAAAGCCUACGACAGAGACAACAUUCCCGCCCCAUACAUAAAAAAAAUCAGAGACAAGUUUGUAGACAACCCCGAGUUCCAGCCCUCUAUCAUCAAAAACGUCUCCUCGGCUUGUGAGGGUCUCUGUAAAUGGGUGAGAGCGAUGGAAGUGUAUGAGCGAGUGGCCAAACUGGUCGCCCCCAAGAAAGAGAGGCUGAAGCUGGCAGAGGACGAGCUGGCUGUGCAGAUGGAGAUGUUGUCUGUGAAAAGAGCCGAGCUGAAGAAAGUGGUGGACAGACUGCAGAGCCUUAAUGAUAAUUUGACCGCCAUGAUUAACAAGAAGCAAGACCUGGAGGAGAACAUUGAGUCGUGCUCUCAGAAGCUGAUCAGAGCGGAGAAGCUGAUUGGAGGACUGGGUGGAGAGAAGGACAGGUGGACAGAGGCUGCAAGGCUUCUAGGGAUUAGAUACAUCAACCUGACAGGUGAUGUACUCCUCUCUUCAGGAACAGUAUCUUACCUAGGUGCAUUUACAGUAGACUACCGUAUAGAGUGCCAGGAGCAGUGGCAUAUCCUGUGCCAGGAGAAGAAAAUCCCCUGCUCUGAGGACCUAACCCUUAGCAACACUCUUGGUAACCAGGUGUCUAUCAGGGCCUGGCAGAUUGCUGGACUACCAGUGGACUCCUACUCCACAGACAACGGUAUCAUCGUGUUUAACUCCCGUCGGUGGCCCCUGAUGAUUGACCCUCAAGGUCAAGCCAACAAGUGGAUCAAGAACAUGGAGAAGGCGAAUAAACUUGCCGUCAUCAAAAUGUCUGAUCCAAACUAUGUGAGAGUCUUGGAGAACUGCAUCCAGUUUGGAACCCCAGUUCUUCUGGAGAACGUGGGGGAGGAGCUUGAUCCCGUACUCGAAACUGUGUUGCUGAAGCAGACCUUCAAACAACAGGGUGUGGAGUACAUGAAGAUUGGGGAGAAUAUCGUGGAAUACUGUAAAGACUUUUUGUUCUACAUGACCACCGGACUGAGGAACCCUCACUAUCUCCCAGAGGUGGCUGUCAAAGUGUGUCUGCUCAACUUCAUGAUCACGCCACAGGGCCUACAGGACCAGCUUCUAGGGCUCGUAGCAGCCAAAGAGAAGCCUGAGCUGGAAGAGAAGAAGAACCAGCUCAUUCUGGAGAGUGCUGCCAACAACAAGCAGCUGAAGGAAAUUGAGGAUAAGAUCUUACAAGUGCUCUCCUCUUCUGAGGGGAAUAUCCUGGAGGAUGAGACCGCCAUUAAGGUCCUGUCAUCCUCCAAAAUCCUCUCUGAGGAGAUAUCAGAGAAACAAAAAAUUGCCAGUGUCACAGAGAAAGAGAUCGAUGACACUCGGAUGGGUUACCGCCCCGUGGCUGAGCACUCAUCCAUUUUGUUUUUCUGUAUCUCAGAAUUGGCAAACAUCGAGCCUAUGUAUCAGUACUCCCUGAGCUGGUUCAUCAAUCUCUACCUGUACUCCAUCGCCCAGAGUUUGAUGAGCGAUGAUUUGGCUGAAAGGAUCGGCAACAUCGUGGAGCACUUCACUCUCAGCAUUUAUAAUAACGUGUGCCGCUCGCUUUUUGAGAAAGAUAAGCUGCUGUUCUCCCUGCUGCUCACUGUAGGCAUCAUGCAGGGUAAAGGCCAGGUUGACGACCAAGUCUGGCGCUUCCUCCUAACAGGGGGCAUCGCUCUAGAUAACCCAUACCCCAACCCUGCCCCAGAGUGGCUGUCUGAAAAAUCUUGGUCUGAAAUCGUCAGGGCGUCCAAACUAGCAAACCUGGAUGGUUUCUUUGAGCAUGUCCAAGACAACGUGUCGAAAUGGAAGAAGCUCUAUGACUCAGGAAAGCCCCAUAAGGACCAGUUACCUGACCGGUGGAGCGAGCUGGUGGGGAUGGACAGAAUGGUCGUGAUCAGGUGCUUCAGGCCAGAUAAGAUGGUUCCAGCUGUGCAGGAUUUCAUUAUGGAUAACAUGGGGCAGGCUUACAUUGAACCUCCCACCUUUGACCUGGCAGGGAGUUACAAAGACUCCAACUGCUGCUCUCCUCUCAUCUUUGUGUUGUCACCAGGAUCUGAUCCAACCGCAGGUUUGCUGAAGUUUGCUGAUGACGUAGAAAUGGGGGGCAGUAAGACCCAAACCAUUUCUCUGGGUCAGGGACAAGGACCCAUUGCAGCCGUGAUGAUUCACAAAGCCAUCAAAGCGGGCACGUGGGUGGUGCUGCAGAACUGCCACCUGGCCACCAGCUGGAUGCCCGCUCUGGAGAGGAUCUGUGAGGAAACCAUCAACCCAGAGAGCACACACCCCGACUUUAGGUUGUGGUUAACCAGUUAUCCAUCCGACAAGUUCCCAGUCAGUAUCCUGCAGAACGGGCUGAAGAUGACCAAUGAGCCUCCCAAAGGAAUAAGAGCCAACCUGCUGCGCUCCUACCUCAGUCACCCCAUCUCUGACCCCGCCUUCUUUGUCAGCUCCAAGAAGCAAGCCGUCUGGCAGAAGUUCCUGUUUGGUCUCACCUUCUUCCACGCUCUAGUGCAAGAGAGGAGGAACUUUGGACCACUAGGUUGGAAUAUUCCCUAUGAGUUUAAUGAGUCUGACCUGAGGAUCAGUAUGAGGCAGAUCCAGAUGUUCCUGGAUGAGUAUGAGGACGUUCCACUGGAGGCCCUCACAUAUCUUACAGGUGAAUGCAACUAUGGCGGCAGGGUGACAGAUGACAAAGACCGGCGUCUGCUGAUGUCGCUUCUCUCCGUCUUCUACAGUUGGGACCUGAUAGAGAAGGAGUGCUACCACAUGUGUGAGGGAGAUCUGUAUUAUGUCCCAGGUCACGGCCCAUAUCAGACAUAUGUAAACUACAUUCGCGGUCUUCCGAUUUGUGCCGAUCCUUGUGUGUUCGGCCUUCAUAGCAACGCUGACAUCACGAAGGAUAACCAGGAGACCAAUCAGCUGCUGGAUGGAGUUCUGCUGACGCUGCCCAGGCAGACCGGCGGCGGGGCCAAGUCUCCUCAGGAAGUAGUGGAUGAGCUUGCAGAAGACAUUCUCUCCAAGCUGCCAGAAGACUUUGACAUACAAAUGGUGAUCGAAAAAUACCCAGUCAUGUACGACGAGUCCAUGAAUACUGUUUUGAGGCAGGAAAUCAUCCGCUUUAACAGACUCACUCUCGUGGUGCGGGUCAGCUUGGUAAACAUCCGCAAAGCUCUGAAGGGACAGAUUGUUAUGUCUGCCGAACUGGAGAACGUCUUCAACAGUAUGAUGGUGGGCAAGCUGCCCGCUCUGUGGGCUGCCGUGUCAUACCCCUCCCUGAAACCAAUGGGGAGCUACGUGACCGAUCUGCUCACCAGGCUGCAGUUCCUACAAGAUUGGAUAGAUGACGGCCCGCCUGCAGUCUUCUGGCUCUCUGGCUUCUACUUCACCCAGUCAUUUCUAACAGGAGUGGCUCAGAAUUUUGCCAGGAAGUACACCAUCCCCAUAGACUUCAUUGGCUUCGAAUUUGAGGUUACCAAAGAGGAGAACCAUAUGGAGGAGAAGCCAGAGGACGGGGCUUAUGUUAAGGGUCUCUUCAUGGAGGGAGCGCGCUGGGACAGAGAGAAGAUGGUGAUUGGAGAGUCCCUCCCCAAGAUCCUCUUCGACUCUUUGCCCAUCAUUAAGCUCAGACCUGGAGAUAUGUCCAAGUUCCGACAUGAAGACCUCUACGUCUGUCCUGUAUACAAAACCAGCGCUCGCAGAGGGACCCUGUCCACCUCCGGCCACUCCACCAACUACGUCAUGUCCAUCGAGCUGCCCUCUGACAAGCCUGAGAAACACUGGAUUAACCGCGGGGUGGCAUGCCUCUGUCAGCUGGACGACUAAGAAAUAAUGACUAUUAAAAAAAAUGUGUAAAUGCCAAAGAAAGCUUAUGUGUUUGUAUGCCAAAGACACAUGUGGAGGGACUUGGACAUAUCUCUAGGUCGUAAGCACAUAUUUGCAACCAUGACAAUCAAAACUAUGCAUUCUUUCAAAGUGAAUGACAAUGAAAUGAUAAUCAUUUCUUAAAGAGGACAUCAUUCUCUCAGCGUGAAUAUUAGAGAUUGGCGAUUUUUUUCUUUAUUUUUGUGAACACAAUACCUCAAGAACGCCUAGAGAGAAUUUCUUCAAACAUCCCGUUGGACUCAAAAUUGAAUACGAUUAUGGGGUCAUACGCAGAUCAAGGUCACCGUGAUCUUACAAAACACAUCGACAUACUGUACCUCAAGAAUACAUUUUCUAAUUUUAUACAUUUCCCACAAAUAUCUAAUAGGAUAAUAUAAUAAAUUGAUUACAAUGUGGACAGACAUGGAUUUACUCUGCAACUAAACUGUUUGGUUGAUAGUAUAUUUGCACAUAUUUUUCCAGUACAAUCCAGAUUAUUGCAGUCAAAUGGCUCAGAUGGUUUUAAAACAAACCCUCAUUGUGGAUAAUGCUAUACAAGCUCUACUGUAAACAAAAUAUACUUUGUUUGGAUUUGGAGAAUAUAUGUAUUUUUUAAACUCUAAAACAUAUUAUAUUUCAAAUGUGUUUCGAGCUGGUGCUGAUAUAUUUGCUCUUUCAUGCACUUUACUCUAUAUUUUUAUAUUCGAUAUGGUUUUUCUGUUAUUAAUGGGUGAUGGGUUUUUGCAAUAUGUCCUAUAUCCCUUGAUAAUCAAAUCAACAUAAUGUCAAACAACAGGAUGAUUUCACUACUUUUAGUGCUCUCUCAACUCAGUAGUUAGUUCUGAUGUCAAACACUAGAUGGUGGCAAAGGAAAACCAGUUGGUUACAGGGAUCCUUAAUGGUACCCGCAAUGAUGAAUGUCCUCACUACAUCUCCAUUCCCAUACCAAUAGUAUAUUUUAAUGUAUAGCACAAACAGUGUGCCAUCAAGUGAAAAUAUAUGGUGUAUGGGUGGGUCUUAAUUUUGAGAAACAAGACCACAAAAACACCACGUUUUGUACAUAUGGGUUAC